AGGAUCGGCAUUGAACGUUCAAGUAUAAAUAGCCGGAUAAAAGGCGUCGAUUAGCAUCAGUUCCUCAACUGAGUACCUCCUGCUAAUAUCUUUUACCCACUCGAAAAUGAAUUUGAUGAUUUUCCUGGCAUCUAUCUUGGCCGUUGCCGUCGCCAACGGAGCAAAUUCGAUAAAGGACACCAACAUUCAAGUUUCACCUGAUCAAGACGUCGCUGAAUUCUACCGCCGAGGAUUUUAUGGCGGAUAUGGGGGCCACUGGCGCGGACGUCGAUCAGCAGAGGAAGCGAAAUCGGAAUUAGAGGCUAGCGUUGAAAGUGGCAAUGAUCAAGAAGCCAGCGAAUAUUAUGCCAAUCGUUUUUAUGGUAAUUAUGGCCACCCUUCAUAUUACAGUCGAUAUGGAAGUUGGCGUGGUCGUCGUUCAACCGGAGAGGUAAAACCGGAAAUAGAGCCCAACUUUGAAGUAGUUGCUGAUCAGGAAGCCAAUGAAUUUCGCCGUGGCUAUUACGGAGGACACCACGGAUAUUGGCGUGGACGUAGGUCGGCUGAUGAAAACGCUAAUACCCUUCAAAUCGAACCGGAUCAAGACAUGAACGAGAAUGUCAGACGUGGCUAUUACGGUCAUUCUUACGGUAGAUACGGAUCCUGGUACGGUAGACAUUGGUAGACUGUGUCGUUUUAAAUAACUCCUUUCCAUUACUAUGUUUAAGCAAACAUGUAUUAGCAAGGUUCGCUCCUAAUGUACGUCCCCGAUAAACGAUACCUGAUUCACAACUGCAUUUAUGCCCCUUCUUUUGGUCUUAACUUCCCAAUAAACAAUGUUUUUUUCUCACUUGAA